AUGUCUGAAUACAUUGGUCUGCGAUUGAUUCGAUUCGCUCUUAACGACGCUGUUAGCUAUGUCGGUACCCUUCACGAAAUAAAUUCCGAAAAUAGCACAGUUGCUCUAGAGCAAGUGAAAUCGUAUGGCACCGAAGGACGCUCAGAAGAGGAAGUACCACCUUCCGAUAACGUUUACGAAUAUAUUGUCUUCCGCGGGAGCGACGUGAAAGAUUUGAGAAUCGAGAAAGAACCAGAAAAAAAGACACAGGCGCCUCAGGUGCCUGAUGAUCCUGCAAUUUUAGGAAAUGCCCGACCUGUGGGCGUCCCAUCAGCCCCCUCUCAACCCGAGCAACAGAUGCCGCAACACCCCCAGUAUGGACCUCCACAAGGUAGAGGUCAAGCUCCCCGAUAUCCUCAACAGUUGCCAUAUCCUUAUGGAGGCUACGGACUUCCGCCGAGUCAACGUUUUGGGCCUGGGCCUGGAUCUGGAUCUGCACCAGGACCAGGACCGGGACCAGGACCUUAUGGAGCUCCUCAAAAUUACCCUCCCCCGGGCUAUUCUGCAAUGCAAUAUGGGCCACCACCUGGAUGGUACCCUCCCCACGGACAAGGCUUCCCUCAGGGUCCAUCUGGGCAGAUGAUGCCACCGCACCUGCAACAACAUUUCCCAGGUCAGCCUCCUCCGCAGCACGGUCCAGCUUCGAAGCCUGCAACGCCAGGUAGAGAGGCACUUAAUGAUGCUCCGCAACCUCCACAGCCGCCGGCAGCAAUUGAAAAGCCAGCCGCAGCUGUGAAACUCCCAAGUCGAUCUCCAGCAAAUUCCCAAAUUGUGCCUCCCCCUCCCACUGAGUCAAAGCCAGAUGUUGCAGCUGCCCUCGCUCCGCCAAGUCAAUCUUCAGUACCAGAACCGGUAGCCCCUAAAUCGACUCCCGGUACACAGAAAAGUGGUCGCAUACAACCAGCAAUACCCAUGAAGAGCCCAAUUCCGAAAGCAAAAGCAGCCAUGAAUGGUACACCAUCGACACACACCGGGGCAGGUACUGCUGCUGAUUCGGCUCCGAUAUCUCUUAAAGCGCCAAGCAAUGCUCUGGGGCCUACACCUGGGAAAGCGAAUGAUAUGCCAACUGCUCCGCCAUCGAGGAAGGUCGUUGAAGAUGCCAACCGGGACGCAAGAGCGGCAGUAGCCGCAGCCAUGGCUAAGCUAGGUCCUGGGACAGGCCAGCAGAAGAAGCAAAGUGGUGAGGAGAGUGCUAUGGAUAACUUGACAAAGAAAGUAAACGAGAUGCGGACGAAUGAGAAUGCCAGAGUAUCGAGGCAACCUGGAACGGGUGGUUACGCAGCCGGCAAUCGUGGGGGGAGGGGUGGAUAUCGUGGUGGGCGACCCCGAACGGAGUCCCAGACGAAGAAAAUUGAAAUGCCGAAGACAGACUACGACUUUGAAUCAGCCAAUGCAAAGUUUAACAAGCAAGACCUUGUAAAGGAGGCCAUAGCUAGCGGCGAGCCUGUUGGUAGCCCAGUCGAUGGCACACCAAGCGAGUCAGUCAAUGGUACACAGGCUGAAAGCGAAACGAGUUUGAAUCAGUCUUCGAACGCAGGCUACAAUAGGGCAUCCUCAUUCUUUGAUAACAUCUCGAGCGAGGCAAAAGAUCGAGAGGACGGUGGUAGCAAGAGGCCCGGUGGACGAGAGUUCAGGACUGAGGAGCAAAAGAAGAACAUGGAGACAUUUGGACAAGGCAGCGUUGAUAGCUAUCGUGGUGGCUUUCGAGGUCGUGGUCGCGGGAGAGGCUUCCGUGGUGGAAGAGGUGGUUUUGGCCGCGGUCGUGGAGCGAGAGGACGCGGUGGUGGUGCCGUAGCCGCUGAAGGAUAA